GUCCUCUUGGAUUUUUUUUCACAUCUACCUCCCCAGCCAUACUUGGGAAGCCUCUUUUCUGUGAUCCCUACACAUUUCUUUCUGACUUAGUUAGCACCUCUCAAUCCUAGUAGGGUAAGAAGGGAUUAUCUAACUUCAAAAAUCCUGCUUCUGUUCUGUUUCUGCUCAAGCAUCCUUUCUUUCUAUGGAGCCUGGGGUUUUAGAAGCAAAGGCAAAGAUUACUAGCAUGCUAUUAUUGCUUCCAGCCUGGACAUGCACCUCCUCUGGCCAAUAAACAUGGAGUCUGCUACCCACUUGAAUGCAGAAAGGAAAGGGUGAAAUAAAGGGAGAAAAGAAAAAAAAAUGACACAGGAACAGAUUAACAUCUCAAAAUAUCCUACCACAUUUGAAAGAUGCAAGAGUAGAAUUCAUGGGAGAGGUUCCCUUGGGAAAAAGGAAUUGUUCUUGAAAAGGGUGUGUAUGAGUGGCAGAGACUAUUGAGCCUCAGUCCACAGAAUGCUCUGAUGUCAUCACUGAGGUCACAGAGUUCUGUUGUGGGCCCGGCAACCUUUGCAUCUUAACAGCCCUGCGUUGUGGUGAACCCUGGGCUGUGCUGCAGGUUCUCUGUGGGGUCUGAGUUCUUCAGCCCUGUGGGAGACUCAACUAUUUUUAUUUGUACUGAAUCAUUUCAAUGGACAUCCUGAGAGCCAAAAAAGGUCGACCUGUAGGGAGAAGGAGGAGCUGGAUGUUAGGCAUCUUCUAAGGGACUCUUCUAGUUGGUACUAUGAAACGGCAACAAAAGAGGAAACAUUUGGAAGAUGAAGAGUCCCAGGAAACUGGCGAGAAGGGAGGAGGAAUCCCGAGGUCACAAGAGGAUGCUCCUCAGCUUGGAUUGACCAAAGUGGCCAAAGGCUGUGGCACAGGGGCAGAGGAGGUCUCCUCUGCCUCUGAAUACUUCUCCUGUGUUUCUUCUCCAAGCAAGCUCAUCCAUGGCGGAAUCCAGAAAUCACUUCAAGACAGUCCCCAGCCGAGAUCAACCCUAGCCCAUGCUCAGGAACGAGGGGAGACUGCCCCCCUAUCACCACAUGUCUCCUUAUCGUCCCCUUUAUCUGAUAAGACCUGUGUGACCUCUCAGUAUCUGAACAAAGAGGAACGGGGCAUGAAAGUAUAUUACAUGCAGGUACAAGUGAAAAAGGGUGUAGCUGUCUCCUGGGAGACAGAGGCAACCCCAGAGUCACUAAAAAAGAAACCAAUGGUGGAAGAAGUGAACCUUCCUGAGAAUGUGCGAGUAGGUACACCCCCCUCUGAGGUGUCCACCAGAAACCUCCUAUGUGACAGUGAGACCAGAGAAGAGGCAAAAGAGCAUGAGGAAAGAGGAGAAUCAAAGGGCCUGCCAGGAUUGCCCACAGUUGAGGAGAUACCCAGGGCCAAGACACCUGACUGGCUGGUGACUAUGGAGACCGGCUUCAGGUGCAUGGCCUGCUGCAGGGUCUUUCCCACCUUGGAGACCCUCCAAGACCAUGUGCAGUUAGGGAUUAGGGAGGGCUUCAGCUGCCACGUCUUUCAUCUCACCAUGGCUCAGCUGAGGAGCAAUGUGGAAUCAGAGAAGAUCCAGGAGAAGGAGGAGGAGGAGGAGGAAGAGGAGAACGAUGAAGAGAAAGAGAAGAAAGAAGAAAAAAAAACUAAGGAGGAGCAGACCACAGGGUAAGACCUUCAC